AUGGACAAAGAAGUAAUUAAAGACUGGCUAAAAUCUAAAAACAUUGUUAGUGAUGAAGAAGGUAUGCUAAAAACUGAACUACUGGAUAUAGUGAAGGCUCAUAAGCACAUAUUUGACAAAUUCGCGGUGGAUGAACUUGCUAGACGUAAUAAUAUAAUGAUUUUAAGGAUUCCCCCAUAUCGCACUGAAUUAAAUCCAAUUGAGCUGAUUUGGGCCCAAAUGAAAGGUUCACUGGCCAAAGAAAACAAAACUUUCAAGUUAUCGGAAGAAGAAGGAUUGUGCAUGAGAAGUUUAAAUGAAAUUGGAGUUGAAAAGUGGAAAAAUUGCAUAGAACAUACGCAGAAAAUCGAAAAUGAGAUGUGGGAUUUGGACGAAGCCAUCGAGAACACUGUUAAUUCUCUAGUAAUAAAUAAAUAUCAAUUCAAACGACGAGGAUUCUACAAGUUCUGA